AUGUCAAAUAACACGUACCACCCAGGACACACUGUUGACGAAAAGAGCAACGGGCGUGAGCUCAGUGGCAGCUCUCAAGAUGCGCACGGCUUUCACGAUGAAGCGGCAAUUGGUAUGGGUAGUCCUGGCGAUGUAUUCGGGAGUGAAGACGGUCACGACAUCAAAUACAAGACGCUGAGCUGGCCGCUCGUUGCCGUCCUCAUGAUAACGGAGAUCGUGUCCAACGGCAUGCUGAGCUUACCCAGUAGCUUGGCCGCCGUCGGGGUUGUCCCCGGAGUCAUCGUCAUCGUCUUCCUCGGGGUCUUUGCGACUUACACUUCGUGGGUCUUGAUACAGUUCAAACUACGGCACCCGGAAGUGCACAACAUGGGCGAUGCGGGAAUGAUUAUCUUCGGUCCUGUGGGGAGAGAGAUCCUCAGCGCCGGCACUAUCAUCUUCGCUGUAUUUGCGACCGGGAGCCAAAUCCUCGCUGGUCAGCUUGCGCUGAGCGUGCUCUCCGACCAAAAGCUCUGCACAGUCGCGUUUGCGGGCAUUUUCGCCGUUGCUGUGACACUUGCGAGUAUCCCACGGACUCUGGAUAGCCUCGGAUUUCUGUCUAUCGUAGGCGGCGUGUCAAUCAUCGUCGCGGGAAUUGUUGCGCUAGCCGGCGCUGGUGCCAUGCCUAUCCGGCCGGGUGACAUUCAGAUUGCUGUGGCGAGCGACUUUACGUCUGCUUUCAUCAGCAUAACGAACCCUGUAUUUGCCUACGCCGGUCAUUUUAUGUUCUUCAUCCUGAUUUCGGAAAUGAAGAGGCCGCAAGAUGCGAUGAAAGCAGCUUAUGUCUUACAGAUAGUUGCAACAUCAUUAUAUGUUGUCUUCGCAGUCGUAUCGUACUGGUACAUCGGGUCAGGGAUCUCUAGUCCUAGCCUUCUAAGUUUGAGUCCGCUCUUCUCAAAGAUUUCAUUUGGCCUCGCUAUUCCGAACUUUUUCAUUGCAGGAAGCCUCUAUAGCCACACGGCGUCUAAACUUGUGUUUGUCCGCCUGUUCAGGCAUACUCAGCAUAUCCACAGUCACACCUAUUUGGGAUGGGGAGUCUGGACAGUGCUGAUCCUCCUUGCAAAUGGUGCAGCAUUCGUAUUCGCUGUUGGUAUACCGACUUUCAACUACCUUGUCGGGAUCAGCGCUGCACUCUUCGCCUCGUGGUAUACAUAUGGUCUCGCUGGAGCUUUCUGGCUCCAUGACACAUUUUAUUUCGAAGGAGGAUUUCGAGGAUGGUACCGAAAGCCUGUAAUGUUAGCCGUCAACGUUUUUACACUCCUUGCAGGUGCCUUCAUUUGCGUUGGCGGACUAUAUGCGACGAUCGUGGCUUUGAUCAGAGCGUCGAAGGAGGGUGAACUCCCAUCACCAUUUCAAUGCUAG